GUGUGCGUAACGGCCAACGGGAGCGGCUUCUUCAGGACCGCUGCCCGAGCCCCUCAGAGCAGUGGGGUGUAGCGCGGAGAGAGGUGCAGUGGGGUUCGGAGGGAUACGCCGCCCAGAGCAGGUCAUAAUGGUUUCCAUCCCCAAAUACUAUGAAGGAAAGAACAUUCUCCUGACAGGAGCUACAGGCUUCAUGGGAAAAGUGCUUCUGGAAAAGCUGCUCAGAUCCUGUCCUAAAGUGAAAGCAGUGUAUGUCUUGAUAAGACCCAAAGCAGGACAGACAGCUGAAGCAAGAGUAGAAGAAAUUACCAGCUGUAAGCUCUUUGACAGGUUGAGAGAUGAGCAACCAGACUUCAGAGCAAAAAUAACUGUAAUUGAAAGUGAUCUUACACAGCCUGAACUGGACCUUAGUGAACCAAUCAAGGAAGAACUUAUAGAAUGCAUUAAUAUUAUAUUUCAUUGUGCUGCUACAGUCAGAUUCAAUGAAACACUAAGAGAUGCUGUCAAGUUAAAUGUGACUGCCACACAAGAGCUCCUCUUCUUGGCACAGCGAAUGAAGACUCUGGAGGUGUUCAUACAUGUUUCAACUGCUUAUGCAUAUUGCAAUCGAAAACAGAUUGAGGAAGUAGUUUAUCCACCUCCUGUUGAUCCCAGGAAACUGAUGGAUUCUCUUGAGUGGAUGGAUGAUGGCCUGGUGAAUGAUAUUACUCCAAAACUGAUAGGUGACAGACCCAAUACUUACGUAUAUACGAAAGCUUUGGCUGAAUAUGUAGUACAACAAGAAGGUGCAAAAUUAAACACAGCCAUUAUAAGGCCAUCUAUUGUUGGUGCUAGCUGGAAGGAGCCUUUUCCUGGUUGGAUUGAUAGCUUCAAUGGACCUAGUGGUGUCAUCAUUGCUGCAGGAAAAGGAAUUCUUCGAACAAUGAGAGCUUCCAACAAUGCACUAGCAGAUCUUGUUCCCGUAGAUGUUGCUGUUAACAUGACACUGGCUGCAGCCUGGUAUUCUGGAGUUAAUAGACCGAGAAAUGUCAUGGUAUAUAACUGUACAACAGGUGGCACCAAUCCUUUCCACUGGGGUGAAGUUGAAUACCAUGUAAUUUCUACUUUCAAGAGGAAUCCUCUCGAACAGGCCUUCAGACGGCCCAAUGUAAAUCUAACUUCCAAUCACCUUUUAUAUCAUUACUGGAUUGCUGUAAGCCAUAAGGCCCCAGCAUUCCUGUAUGAUAUCUACCUCAGGAUUACUGGAAGAAGCCCAAGGAUGAUGAAAACAAUAACACGUCUUCAUAAGGCCAUGAUGUUGUUAGAAUACUUUACAAGCAAUUCUUGGAUUUGGAAUACUGAAAAUAUGACUAUGCUGAUGAACCAGCUGAGUCCUGAAGACAAAAAGGUGUUUAAUUUUGAUGUUCGACAACUACAUUGGGCAGAAUACAUGGAAAAUUACUGCAUGGGAACGAAGAAAUAUGUGCUGAAUGAAGAAAUGUCUGGCCUCCCCGCGGCUAGGAAACAUUUGAAUAAGUUAAGAAAUAUACGUUAUGGCUUCAAUACAAUUCUUGUGAUCCUGAUCUGGCGUAUCUUUAUUGCAAGAUCACAAAUGGCAAGAAAUAUCUGGUACUUUGUGGUUAGUCUGUGUUACAAGUUCCUCUCGUACUUCAGAGCCUCCAGUACUAUGAGAUACUGAAGAACAGAAUUUAGCAUUAGGACAUCUAUGCAUAUGGUGGUCUAACUGCACAAAGCCUGUAACAUGUAAUCAUCUCACAUUUUGUAAAAGCGUAAUUUCAUCUUACAUUGGAGUGCAAAAUAUACGGUAUGGUGUAUGUAAUGUUAGUCGUGUACCUUCCUGGAAACAGAAAAUAAAAUGGUCAAGUGCCAGGAGGAAUUGGCAUUAGGCAAGCAUUUAAGUAACUUUAACUCUUUGACCUGGGGAAACGUUUUAGACUGCUGACCAACGUAACUGUGCAAUUUGGAACGUGUUUGUUUGAAAUCUGCCUUAACAUGAUUUUUUUUCUUUUAAGUUUUACUCCACAUUGAGCAAGAUAAGUAUUGUGACUUAGUAGUUGUUAGUUGCUGUAAACCUGUUUAUUUGAAAUUCUUCUAAAUUACAAAGGGUUUUGGAAGUUGCAAGAUUGUAUAAAUGAUGGUAGAUCUCCUGGGGAAAAAAUCUGAGGACUUUUUUAAUCUGCCUUUUUGCCACUUCUUCCCUUCUUAUCAAAGUAGGGAUGCAACAAUGGUGCCUACUUUGCUUUAAAAAAAAAACAACCAAACAAAAACAGAAAUGAAACAAAACAAACAAAAACAACAAAAAACUGGAAACACUCAACUUACUUAAUUACUGAAAGGCCUUUUGUCCAGUCUGGUUUUCAGAAUACACUUGGUGAUUCAGUUCUGUGCUGGAAACUGGCUGUGUCUAUCUUACAUUUAUGUCAACGUGAGCAAUUUGCUUCUCUGAAAUCAGAAUUGAUCCUAUCAUAGAGUAGAUAAAAGAAAACAUAACCCCAGGGGGAUGGGAUACAGGAGAUGUAGGGGGGUGGGGGUGAGGGAUAAGACCAAAGUCAUUGACCAUCCUUUUGUUUUUUUUUUUUUUAUUUUUAAUGAUUCUUAUUGGCAACACAGCCAGUAUUUGAUUGUUACACUUCAAAAGGUAUUUGAAAGGAAUUUAUUAUGCUUAGUUGCUAUUUAUAUUACUGGUAAUAGAAGUUGGACAAACUAUAGGCUUUCAUUGAGGUAUACCUGUUUUUAAAUUCUAAGCAAUGUUAGCAAGUACUUCAUGAAUUAAUAAUUUUUUAAAUCUCUGACCUAUGAAAUUUGAUAUAUGGAAAACACCAAUGCAUAAACACACUCUCUUAUCCCUGCCGCAAUAAAAACUUGUUUCACUGGGCAUGCAGAGCAAAUGCACCUUGCUUCAAAAUGAAACUUUUAACUGAAACUACUAGGUUUAAUUAUGAAGAAACCUGGGUUUUUUUUUUUCUGCAUGCUACUUUGUUUCAGUAGGGAAGAUAGUUAAAAAAAACUAGCAAGUUGUAAGAAAAGACUGAAUCCUUGUUUAAGGCAAUAUAGACUAUCCCUUUAAAUUUUGAUUGCACAGAAUUCUGAGAAUACUGUAAUGUUCCUUUUAACUGGUGCACUGACCGGCACCCUUGGCCAGUGCUUGUUCAUUAAAAUCAGUUUAUACUGAUGAAUAUGUCUUGAAUCUGCUUGGAGACGCAGAUAGACUUAAUUACACAAGAGCUACAUUAUACUUGCCCUUGGUAGUUGUUUGUUUUGUUGGAGUUUUUUUUUCCUAUUUGAAUUAUGUAAAGAACUUAUUUUGGUAUUCUUGUGAAAACUCUUACUUUAAAAAAAACACCUUUUGUGCAGAUGUAUAUCUCUUUUUGAAAAGAUAAAUGGCUUCCUUGUUGAAGCUAAAUAUUCUGUAGUAAGUAGUUAAGUUGUAAUUCCUUUUUAAAAUUACCUGUGUAUAUAUAAAGGUAGUGAUGAAAACCCAAAGUGGUCUAGGACCACACCUUGUGUGAGAGACCUCUGAUUGUGGCUGAAAAUAAAUUAUAGCUUCUGUGAUUGAAGAUGUUACGCUUUAAUGAAUACUUUAGGUGUAUUACAUUUUUAGUUGCCUGCCCAAAUAUCUUACUAGACCUGAAAGUAUACUUAAGCAUUCCUGAAUUGUAGACUCAUUUUCCAGAGGUGCCUACUAUCCAAUGACACCCUUUGUCCUGUGCUGGCAUGUGGCUGAAGUUUGCAAAAGACAAAUACAUCAUAUUCUGAAAAUGAUUCUGUGAAGCAAUUCACUAAAGAAUUUUGGUUGUUUUUUAGACACAAUACUCUUAAUGUUGAUUUGUUAAUACUGAGAACUAUGAAGCCAAUGAAUUGAUUCUGGUCCAAAACACUGCUUAGAAAUCUAUGCUUUUGAAUAAAUAACAAAGCAAAGGAUUGCUUUAAACAUACGGAUAUUUAGCCUUUACUUUUUAAACAUUUGCCAAUUUAAAAACCUAAUUUUUUCCCUCCUUAUAGACCAUGGUUCUGUGCACUAUUGGUAUCUUGCACACUUUCAUCAGUCAUCCUAUUCAACUAACAAUAGAUUCAGUGUCACAUUUAUACAUUAGUUUUGUCACUUCCUGUGGUCAGUCUGUGCAGUUUAUCUGAAACUACUGGGUUUUUUCCAUAUCGGAACCCUGUGCUCUUGCUGUUCUUCAUACCAGUGUUUGCACAUAAGGGAUAUUGAUCAAAAAUAUGUGGGAACUGUAUUUUUAUACAGUAAGCUAGACUCACUGACUAGCAAGUUACAUGAGGUAUUCCAGUUGGUUAAACGGGGAAGAGCAGUCUGAAACAACAGGAUCUCAUAACAGUAACUGGUAUUUAAAUUUGGGACCAGGAAAAAAACAUGCUUUCCUGUAAUGUCUUUCUCUGCUGUAGGAAAAUGUUUGGAAACAAAUGCUAAAUCCGUGAGCUUUUAUAAGACAUAAACAGAAAUAUUGGGUGCCUUUGUUUGUAAACCAAAAAUAAACAAAUCCCUUGAAA